AGCUUGCUUUCUCGCCGCAUCGCUGCUGGACAGCACUGUCAUGGGCCUGAGCGUUGUCCUCCACCACGCCUGAAUCGCCUGUCUGCCUUCGUAGUAUGCAGCUGUGUGGACACUGGGAAUUCAUACUGUUGAUGUGCUGCUGUUGUGGUGCAUAUGGUGUGGUGUGGCAGGUUCUCUUUCUCCUACUCCUCUGUCGCGUUGCAAUCUGUCGAGGCGGGUGCGGGGACUUGCAAGAUCUGGUUUGCUGAUCGCUGUGGGUGCAUGCGAUACAUUGUCAGUCACCGUGUUGUUUGCUGUUGCUGUCAGCAUCUCGCUGGAUGACCGGAACGUCCUGUCUUGAAGCUUGAAGCCUUAAAGACUUGUUGGCGUGAUGGCGCAGCCCAGUCGCGAGCCUUCAACAUCGUGGAUAAGCUGGCUCCUGGGGUGCUUCUUUGAUACUCUCGCUGGGCUACUCAUGAGGUCAGCGCACACACACCGUCGUUCGUGCGAAAAUGACUCAUCCAGUCAGCAAGCCCCUCUUGCCUUUUGCCCGCUUUGCCGUGGUCAGGCUCCUGCUGGGAAAAGAUCAUCGCUUCUUUGCCGACGGCUAUGGAGAUCUAGCGCGGUGUGAGGAGCUGGAGGGCAUGGUGGACAAGGGCAUUGAUGUGGCCUUCCCUGACAUCCACCACAUGGAGUGGGAGGAUGACACACAUGGGUUGGAGCAGCAGGGGGAGGUCUCUGUCCGCAACGCCUCCUUUGCGAGUCCCUGCGGGGCCUUUACUUGUGAGGAGAGCAAGACCGCCUAUGUGCAGGUGGUGGCGCCGGCAGGGGGCAGGCACGUCAGAGGCGUGGUCAGGACGAAACUCGUGUGUAUCGCUCAUCCAGACUCUCUGUCUGUCUGUGUGUGAUUCCACGUGGAUCAGGUGAUCCACCUGCCGCAGACAGGUGACAUGGGCUACGGCUUUCGCAGGAAGACGCUGGGGAUCCCUCUCGCGCUGGAAGGCUAUGCGUCGAUCAUCCUUGUCGGGCCCUACUAUGGCAAACGGAAGCCGAGGUCGCAGAGGAGACAUUAUGUGCGCAAUGUGGCCGAGUACCUCAUUUCUGCAUCGGUGGGAUGGAGGAGCGAGACAGGGGGGGGGCGAAGGGGAGAGAGAAGACGUGUCUGCCAUUGGCGCAGGGGUCUAUGUGUCUGUAUGUCUGAAUUGUAUGUGUAAAAGACGACCUUUACAGAGGCGGCCAAGUUGGUCAAGUGGGCGCAGCAGGAGUGGCCCGACACACACGUGUGCCUCUCGGGCAUCAGCUACGGAGGCGCCAUGGUCAGCACACCACAGCAAAGAAUGGAUGGAUGGAUGGAUGGACCUGUGUGUGCCAUGCGAUGGAUGGAUCGACUCAGGCGGCGUGUGCGGCGUCUAUCCUUCCCGCAUCUGUUGCGGCCGGGGGCGUGGCUGUCGCUCCCUGCGUGAGCAGCUCUUCCCCGAAGGCCAUCGUUGGGGGCCUGCUCGUGAGCCAGAUCGAUUGGCAGACGCUCAUGGAGGAGAAGAGCCACACCAGACAGCAGGUGGGCCGUCCGUCCUCUCGAACACUCGCGGUCGUGUGUUGACGGUAAAGUGCAUGGCUGCACAUCGAUCGAUGCAUGGUGCAGGCCUACGACCACCUGAGCGAGAUACUGGCCGCCCGUGACCUGCGUGAGCUCAUCCACCACACCCACACCAACGCUCACGUGCACGUGCAGGGCCUCAAGUGCGUGGUGACGACGGCCUCCCACGACAGGUUUGUGGUCCGUAGUGACGGCCUGGCGCUCAUCAAGGAGCUCGUUCGCAUGUGCGGCACAGUGGAGGAGGUGUGGCUGGAGGGGGGCCACGUGAGCUCGAUUGCAAGGUGCACGCGGGUCUUCGUGCCGUCGAUUAGGAGGGCGUUCCAGCUCAUGGACGGCAAAACAUGACUGACCGACCGAGAGCUCGAGGGAG